UCCAGAUGUUGCUGACUGUGUGUGAACCAUAUACCUAAGUGCUGGGAACCUAAUGAGACAGAGUGGAAUCCACUUUGGUUUAUCCAGGAAGUGCUUCCAUGCUGUGGAAAGGGUGGCUGCUGCAUGCACCAAAAAAGUACUGCUUCAGCAGCAGCAGCUCUAUGGUAGACAAAGGGGAAUUGCAUAUCAGCCUGUCACCAUUUGUUAGUUUCCAAUCAACAAUAAAGCAGAGCAGGGAUAAUCUCCUCGUUCUUGCACAAGGGAGGAGGGAGAGACAGGCUGGGAGUGCUUUGUGGGAGGGGGUCAGUCUCUGAGCAGUUACAGAUACAACACUCACCAGAGCUGCACUUUGACCAAGACUUCUCUAUAAAUAACAGAGAGAACAAGACAUUACACUGAGAAAGAGGAAGCCUGUCAGCUCCAGUACCAGCCAUAGCCAUGCAGAACGUCAACACAGUGGAGUCUGUGGUAGAUGUCAUCUUCUCCUCUAACCGCAAGGACUGCCCUGAGCCCAUUAAGGCUGAGGUGAGAGGUGAAAUUCCAAAGUGGCUGCAGGGAACUCUACUACGCAAUGGACCAGGAAUACACAAAGUUGGAGACAUGUUCUACAGCCACUGGUUUGAUGGACUUGCUUUAUUGCACAGCUUCACUUUUCAAAAUGGUGAAGUUUACUACAGGAGUAAAUACCUCAAAAGUGACACAUACAACUCCAAUAUGGAGGCCAAUCGAAUAGUAGUAUCAGAAUUUGGGACCAUGGCAUAUCCAGAUCCAUGCAAAAAUAUAUUUUCCAAAGCAUUUACCUAUCUGUCACAUGUGGUGCCUGCGUUCACAGAUAACUGUCUAAUCAAUAUCAUAAAGCUUGGUGAUGAUUUUUAUGCAUCUACUGAAACAAACUUUAUCAGGAAAAUAAAUCCACAGAAUUUGGAAACCUUGGAAAAGGUAGAUUAUAUGAAAUAUGUAACUGUCAAUAUUGCCACUUCUCAUCCCCAUUAUGAUUCUGCUGGCAACACAAUAAAUAUGGGAACAUCAAUUGGUGACAAAGCAAAGACCAAGUACUUGUUAUUUAAGAUUCCACCUAAGAUUCCAGACAAUUCAAAGAAGUCCCUGCUGAAACAUGCCGAAGUAGUUUGUUCAAUUCCAUGUAAUCGGCUUCUGAGCCCCAGCUACUACCACAGCUUUGGAAUGACAGAAAAUUACAUCAUAUUCAUAGAGCAACCCUUAAAGUUAGAUAUUGUGAAAAUGGCAACAGCCUACUUCCGAGGAGUCAACUGGGCUUCAUGCAUUACCUUCCAUAAAGAUGAUAAGACUUGGAUUCAUAUCAUUGAUAAAAGAACUAAAAAGCAUGUUUCAGGAAAAUUCUAUACGGAUGCCCUAGUCACAUACCAUCACAUCAAUGCCUAUGAAGAAGAUGGCCAUAUAGUAUUUGAUAUUAUCGCCUACAAAGACAAUAGUUUAUACGAUAUGUUUUAUUUGGCAAAUUUAAAGAAGGACUUCUCUCAGGAAACUGCUAUGACCUCGGUGCCAGUUUGUAAACGUUUUGUCAUUCCACUCCAGUGUGAGAAGGCUGUGAAUGAGGGAGUUAAUUUAGUAAGGAUUCCAAUGACUACAGCAAAAGCAAGGAAGGAUGAGAAUGGUGAUAUAUAUUGUGAGCCAGAGAACACAUGUGAAGGUAUUGAACUUCCUCGGAUCAACUAUGAAUAUAAUGGCAAAAAGUACAGAUACGUAUAUGCAACUCAUGUGGAAUGGCGACCCAUUCCCACCAAGAUAGUAAAGUUUGACAAUAUCACAAAAGAGGUGUUGUCUUGGACUGAAGAUAUGAGCUGGCCUGCAGAACCGAUGUUCAUUCCACAUCCGGAAGCUAUAGAAGAGGAUGAUGGGGUCAUACUGUCCUCUGUUGUGUCUUCAGAUCCUAAUAAAGCUCCAUUUUUGCUUAUACUGGAUGCAAAAACAUUUCAAGAGAUGGGAAGGGCCAGUGUCAAUGCAAACAUCCAUUUGGACCUGCACGGAAUCUUCAUACCAGAGGAGAAUUUAACUAAAUGACCUGAUGAUAUUCCUACCAAGCUGAUACACACCAGGGCACUCCUUUUGCUCUUUUCACUAUGAUAAUUGGCAUCAUCAUCACGAUACCUGAAAAAAUAAGCCAUGAAGUCUCAUGUCACAUCACAUGGACACUGCUGUACUGGUGUUUAGAACGCAAAAUUAUUUUCAUAUUGAAAGUAACAUGUUUACAAGCGAUGACAAUGUAUACAAUUACCCAGUACUCUGGGUAAUUUCUUAUAUAUUUCUUAUAUAUGUGGGUAAUUUAGGUAAAAAAAGGAAGUAUAAUAUGAUAGUUUAAAAGGGUAAUCCCCAUAUUGUAUGUAAUAAAAAGCACUAAAUUAACAUGUUAAUAAGACCAGUAAAAUGCUACCUGCUGUUUUGCUGCUAUGGGUUACUUCAAAAGGCAACUCUUAGUCUCUUUUUAUACCAUAAGAGUAUUACUCUAAUCUGAAGUGAAUGCAUUAUACAGUUAUCCCUUAGAGAUGGGCACCUAGCUAGGCCCAUAUAUGUAGGUAAAUUUGCAGAUGGGCAGCUAUGGUGUAUGAUGAUCUUAUAAAACCAGUGGUAAAAAAGUAAUGUAUUUCUGUUUAUAGAGUUCUAUAUUUAACCCCAGACAAUGAAUUGGUAAAACAAUAUCUGUUUCUGAUUUAAGGCUCUAAGCAGCCUACAUCUGUUUGAGGUUUUGGAGAGGAAUAUCAGAAGGUGGGAGUGCCACACCACUUUCGCCAUCACUGCCUUUGAAGAUGUUUUAGGAUUUAUUGCCUUUUUGCAUGGCUGACAAGGAUACAUUUUGUAUUUUGCAGUCAGGGUCUGUCUCUGCCAGUAAUACCUGCAGUGUAAAAGAGACCUGCAACCUGUUGAUUUGUGAUGAAUGCUCCUCCCAAUAUAUCGAAGUAGUUAGAACGUAGAUCAUUUAAACUAUCCCAUAUACACUAUCUUAUGGUAAAAAGAAAAAAGACUUGAAAAAUAAGCCUGUAGAUGAGUAACAUCAACCUUGUACAACCAGAACAAUAUGUUCUGCUAUUGCUUGCAAUAGGAAGUCAUGAUUUUUAUAGUGCAGGGUGCAAACUACUAUGUUUUUUGCUGCAAACCACCAUGUGCUUUGCCCUUGUUCAUUUCGCUCCUUAUUUUGGACAGCAGGUGCAGAUCAAUGCAGCAGGUAGAGGCAGGCAGGGCCUGUGGAAUCAGCACUAAGGGGCAGUUUUUGUGCUGUUGCACUGGUGUCCAUUGUAUUGAAUGCAGUGUGUUCUUUAUUCUCAACAUAAAAACCAUGCCAUGCAUACAGUAAUUUUAAGGACCAGUAUAAAUAUUCAAAUAAUACCUCAUUAAAAACAAACGAUUGUUAAAGGGACAGAAUACCAACUUUUUCAACACCAAAUUAAUGAAUAAGGCUUGUCCUGAACAUAUGUUUGGAUAAUAUUUUAAUUAGAAAAUAUGUAUGGUUUCCUCUUAUUUCUUGCACUAAAGAGGGCAACAUCUGAAAAUUAAACAAAAGUCACAAUGAGCCGCUCUAAAAAGAUAACAGGCUGUAGCUGGGGGAAGAGGGUGGUUAACUUAUACAGAGGGCUUCCCAGUGGACUGUUAAUUUGACUUUUCUCAUUGGGACAAGGAAGAAGAAUGUGACUAGUUUCAUUUUCAAAUUUUGCUCUGUUACAUACAUAUUUCCCAAUAGACAAAAAAGGAUGUUCAGCACAUUCAUUUAACUAAUAUUGAAAAAGGGGUAUAGUGUUCCACUAAAAUGAAUUGUUCCUUAGAAAUGUAUACCUCAGUGCAUCCUUUUUUUAUCCUAUUUUUUAUGGUGUCAAACACAAAAUAUAACUUUUUUUACAAGACAGAUAAAAACUGUAGCUGCUUCCUCAAAAAGUGAAUUAUGUUUUGUCCUUGUUGUUUUAUUGUAAUUUAUAUAUUAUAACACUGUGGAACCAAAUACUAUCUGUGAUGGUCACUAACUACUGAGAAUCACUCUAGGCCAGUCAGAUACUGAUCACUUGUACAGUAAACAAAGGUUUGUCAUUUUUAUGUCAAUAACCGUUUAUCUAUUGGUUUUAAAUUAACAAAUGUAUUGAUUGUAUAUAUUAAUUUUACUGCUGUGAAAUAUGACCAAAUAAAAGACUGUGUUAUUUCCUUAA